AUGAUAAUCGCUGCUCACAACAUAGAAACGCCAUGUCACCGGCAGUACUUUUACGUUGGCGGAGUCUACGAGGAGGACAAAAGCACGAGCUUUGGUGGACAUGUCAUGAGAGACCAGACAUACGUCGAAUGCCUGACACCACUUGGCGGAGCCAUACGGGAACACCCUUUGGUUUUCGUCCAUGGAGGCGGUCAAAGUGGGUUGAACUGGCUGCAUACGCUGGACGGCCGAAAGGGAUGGGCCUCCUACUUUCUCGACCAGGGUUACACCGUCUACCUGAUAGACACGGCGUCAAGGGGCAGAUCCGCACCGGCCCUUCAACGAAAGCACGUCCAUUAUCCGACAGGCUUCGUGGAAGACAUGUUCACCGCACCGAAGGCGGCGGGAAAGUGGCCACAGGCAGAAUUGCACAUGCAAUGGCCUGGUAGAGGGAAGCGUGGUGAUCUGAUAUUUGACCAGUUUUACGCCUCGACUUUACCGAGUAUGUCUGACCUGGUUGCAUACCAGCAGACUCAGAAGGCAGGGAUAACUGCUCUGCUCGAACGGAUCGGCCGUCCAAGUAUUUUGAUCAUACAUUCGCAGGGUGCUCCCGGUGGAUGGCUGGCCGCAGACGCAUGUCCCCAUUUCGUCAAAGCCAUCAUCGCUGUCGAGCCAAACGGGCCCCCUUUUGCAGGCACACAUCCACACAAUGGCUCAAAAGCGCGGGUGUGGGGUCUCGCUGACGUCCCCAUGGCAUUUUCGCCGCCGAUAACAGAUCCUUCAGAGCUUCGCCUUAUCACCAUUCCAGCGACCCAAGGUGGCCGGUCCCCAGUAGUGCUACAGGAUCAAAGUGAAGGGCGGGUGAUACACAAGCUGAAGAACCUCCAGAACAUGCCAGUGCUGGUGGAAGUUGGCGAGGCCAGCUACCAUGCCGAGUACGAACAUGCUACGGUAGCGUUUUUGCGACAAGCCGGAGUCUCCUGUGAUUUAAUCCGGCUAGAAGAACUCGGAAUCAAGGGCAACGGACACAUGCAAAUGCUGGAGUUGAACAACCUGGACAUUGCGGCAGUGUUGCAGAAGUGGAUAGAAGACAGGUUUCCUCACAGCAAAGCCGCACUGUAG